CUCGAACGCACGCUUGCACACAGCACCCCGAAAGUGACGGCAUGGUGUAGUGCAUGAGGGUCACGCCGAGGAAAAGCGAGGCUUUGGCAUGAGAUAGUCCACAUUGUGAUGGAAGUCGAGCCCUGUUGAAGACAAUUUACACAUGGAUGUGGCAGACAUUUCCAUGUGAAGUAUUGACUUGAGGGAAAUCGUUGGCUCCGUGUCCAUCUACGAGCCAACUUGGAGAAAUAUUGGAGCAGCAAGUGGUUUGGGCAUUCAAAAGGGAUGAUUCCCUUUGCCAUUCUUGUUUCUAUGCUUUUUGUCGAUAAAGAAAGAGGUGUAAGCAAGUCAAAUGCCCACUGUUACACAGGUGAAACCGAAAGAAACCUCAUGCUAACUCAUUGGCCAUUUCAUCAAACAAAUGCCAAGGGAUCACUGUCUUGUAGCUUUAAAUACUUCCAAUCUUCUCCACCAUUGCAGCGUUCUUGAGUUGCCUCGAUGUGCAGAGACGGAGAUGGCGGCCUUAUGGGAAACACUGCUGCUUCUGCUCGCCAACCUCUUCUGGGGAGCCAUCGCCGCGAGGCCGUGCUCAGGCUCAGGCUCAGGCUCGGCUUCGGACAUGAACUAUUGCCUUAGCUGGAGGGUGGCGGUGGAAGCUAACAACGCCCAGGCCUGGCGCACCGUUCCUGCACAAUGCACUCGCUACGUCGAGGACUACAUGCUCGGAGGCCAAUACAACAGGGACCUUGACACGGCCAUCGACCAGAUCUUUAUCUACCUCAAUGGAACCCUUGCAGCUGAUGAUGGCAUGGAUGCUUGGAUCCUCGACGUCGACGACACAUGCCUAUCGAAUCUUCUGUACUACAAGGACAAGCAUUUUGGAGGAGACCCAUAUGAUCCUCUGGCAUUCAAGAGCUGGGCUCAGAAAGGGGUUUGUCCGGCGAUUCCUGCAGUCCUUCAGCUGUAUAAAAGGCUGAUAGAAAAAGGCUUCAAAGUCUUUCUUCUCACUGGAAGAGAUGAAGUGGUGUUCAGCUCAUCAACAUCUCAGAAUCUGCAUGCGCAGGGGUUCACGGGACAUGAGAGGCUGAUACUGAGAAACCAAGCUUACAGAGGACAGGGUGCAGCAGUGUUCAAGUCUGCCAUCAGGAAGCAGCUGGUGUCAGAGGGCUACCGGAUUCGAGGGAACAUCGGGGAUCAGUGGAGCGACUUGUCAGGAGAUUGCAUUGGCAACCGCUUAUUUAAACUGCCUAAUCCCAUGUAUUUUGUUCCAUGAGAGAGUUUGUUGCUCCUCGAGAAGUGUAGAUUGUCAUCCUCUCUCUGGUGCACAGGAACAGUAUCAAUGUUCUGCACAAUUCAAUAAAGCUACAAUAUUGUCAUAUAAA